GUGGGACACUCUUACGCGGUCGAAAAUGGAGUAGUAUAGUAUAGCACGCGAUAUCGGUUGGAGUAGUGUAGCACGUUCGACGGCACGGACGUGUCGGAAGCGGCGCUGUAUAGGCUAACGCGCUAGGCUUGACUUUGGUAUAAGGGUGCAUUUAAGGUGUUCGGCUCGGACUUAAGAAGCGAUGGCUCUUCCAUUCGAUAGUGUUGCAGCGGUGUUAUAUAUCUAUCGGGAUCGUGCAUCGUAUAGUUUAAGAUCGUUAUCGGGCAGUUCGAGGGUGUCGGUUAAACUAUAUCGAGAUGUAAUUUACACGAAUCGUAUUCAGAUGCGCACUCCGAAAGUGAGUUAGGCGCGCACAUCGCGACCGAGUC